AUGGACAAAGUGGCACAAUAUGAGCGCGUUUUCAAUCAAUUUGAUGCAAAUGGAGAUGGCAAAAUAUCACCUUUGGAGCUGCAACAAUGUGUUGGGGCAAUCGGCGGAGAGCUUUCGUUGACAGAGGCAGAGGUGGCCGUGGAGCACCUGGACUCAGACGGAGAUGGGCUGCUGGGUUUGGAUGACUUUGUUAAGUUUGUCGACGGCGGAAGAGAAGAAGAGAAGGUGAAUGAUUUGAAGGAGGCGUUUAAGAUGUACGUGAUGGAUGAUGGGUGUGGGUUUGCGUGCAUUACACCCAAGAGCCUUAAGAGGAUGCUGAGUAGACUUGGAGAGUCCAAGAGCGUUGAUGACUGCAAGGUCAUGAUUUCCAGAUUUGAUCUCAAUGGUGAUGGGGUCCUCAAUUUUGAUGAGUUUAAGGUCAUGAUGUUUUGAUCCAUGCAGUAGUACUAUGGUUACCUUUCCCGUGUCUGGGAUUAGAUUAGAUUGGA